ACAGAAUAGAACAAUAUCUGAUUUUCUAAAAAAUUUGAAUUGGAUUUGAAAUACAAUUAAAAGUUCAAAAAUCAAAAUGUCUAAUUGUUACUGUUAAAACUCAAAAAGUCUUUUAAUUUAUCAUGUGAAAUAAAUGAAGCGUUUUAUGUUAGAACAAAUUAUUAGAUUUUUAAUUGGCUAUACAAUUGAUUGAUUAAAUACACAAUGAUUAUAUUAUUAUAGUGUGCAUAAAUAUGAACAAUAUUUUAAAAAUAUAUUUUUACAUUAUUUACAUUAUCAUACAUCAUAGUUGUAAUUUUUCUUGUUUAGUUGUUAAUGUUAAAGACCAGGAUGGCAGUGUUAUAAAAGAAAUAAUAUAUGCAAAUAUAACAGAUGAUACAAUUACAGUAGAAUUACAACUUCCUGACUCUACAUUGAUCACACAGCAUAUUGAUUUCACAAAGGAAGUUCAAAUAGUGCAAGUGUUGUUGCUUGGAGAAGAAGAACGUGGUCAAAAGCCAUAUCAAAUACUUUGUUUUGUAAAUCAUGUACAAGCAAAUGAAUUUAUUUCACCAGAUGCAAUGUCAAAACUCAGACAAAAAAAUCCAGGUACAAUUCGAGUUGCAGAAGAUAAUAAAGGUGUAUUUAAUUUUACGAUAGAUAUGAAAAUUAAAUUAAAAGAUAGCAUUUUUAUAUCACAGCAUGUCGGAUCAUUAUGUUCUGAAGCAUUAGAUACAACUUUCACUAGCAAAGUUGACAUUGAUAAAUGGGCUACUGUACCAGGCAUGUACUUGGGAAAUUUGUUACAAGCUGUUGAAUAUAUUAACUAUAAAGCACCAAACUCUAAUUUAAAACUAUGUCGAGAUACAGGUAAAGUCUGGUCACACUGUUUAUGUUCAAUGAAAGUAAGCAUUCCUUGGUAUCCUUGUGCAUUAAAAUUCUGCAAAGAUCAUAUUGGUAAAAAAUCAACAGCAGUUGAUAGUUAUCGAUGUGGUAUACAAACUUGUGGUAAAAUUAUGAAUUUUAUGUAUAGUGUUAAACACAAGCAACAUUGUUUGACAAUUGAAUAACACAUUGUAUUGUAUUGUAUUAUUGUUAUGUAUUAAUAAGGUAAUGUAAAUUUCUCUGUUGUAUGUAAAUAAAUAAAUGUAUAAAUAAAUUUUGUAUUUACAUUUUUUUAUAAUUGAUUAAAAUUUACUUGAAAACAA